AUGGCAAUAGCUUGGAGGCUUCUCACAUGGACUGUCAUCUUCACUGCAGCUGUGUGCAACUUUCCCGGUUACACGUUCCAGUCACAAGAGGAGUUCCUCUCCAGUCUCGAUCACUAUGAAAUUGCGUUCCCCAUCCAAGUGGACCAAAACGGGGAUUUCCUCACCUUUGACGUGAGAAGCCAGCUGAAGCAACGUCCUCGGCGCAGUCUGGGCUCCUUGCCCUAUGAGCCAUCUGAGCAACAGGUUUUCUACAAAGUCUCUGCCCACCGAACCCAGUUCCUCCUCAACCUGACACUGCACUCCAACCUCCUGGCUGAGCACUUCACUGUCGAAUACUGGAAGCGAGAUGGCGUGGACUGGCAACACGAUUUCCACGAAGACUGCCACUAUGCAGGCCACUUGCAGGAUCAGUACCUGAACUCAAAGGUCGCCAUCAGCAACUGCAAUGGACUGCAUGGGGUGAUCGUCGCAGAUGAGGAGGAAUAUUUCAUUGAACCACUGAGCCCGGGAGCCAAUGUCAGCACAGGCAGCGAGGGCAAGGGCAGCCCCCACGUCGUGUACAAGCGAUCGUCUCUCCAGUACCCACACAUGGAUGCAGCCUGUGGUGUGCUAGAUGAGAAGCCCUGGAAAGGGAGACACUGGUGGCUGCGGACACUGAAGCCUUCCCCUCUGAAGCCGUCGGGCAACCACAGCCAGCGAGGCCAGCUGCCCCUGAAGAGAUCCGUCAGCACAGAGCGCUACGUGGAGACCCUGGUGGUAGCUGACAAAAUGAUGGUGGGGUACCACGGGCGGCGGGACAUAGAGCAGUACAUCCUGGCCAUCAUGAAUAUUGUUGCCAAACUUUUCCAGGACUCGAGUCUGGGCAAUAUUGUCAAUAUCCUGGUGACCCGGCUGAUCCUCCUCACCGAGGAUCAGCCCACACUGGAGAUUAACCACCACGCCGGGAAAUCCCUGGACAGCUUCUGCAAGUGGCAGAAAUCCAUUGUGAACAGGAAUGGCAAUGGGAAUGCUAUCCCCGAGAAUGGCAUAGCCAACCACGACACUGCAGUGCUGAUCACCAGAUACGACAUUUGCAUCUACAAGAAUAAACCAUGCGGCACCCUGGGCCUGGCCCCUGUCGGCGGGAUGUGCGAACGAGAACGAAGCUGCAGCAUCAAUGAGGACAUUGGCCUGGCCACAGCCUUCACCAUUGCCCACGAGAUUGGCCACACGUUUGGCAUGAAUCAUGAUGGAGUCGGCAACAGCUGUGGCUCCCGUGGGCAAGAAACGGCCAAGCUCAUGGCUGCUCACAUCACCAUGAAGACCAACCCGUUUGUAUGGUCCACGUGCAGCAGGGAUUACAUCACCAGCUUCCUGGACUCUGGGAUGGGAUUAUGCCUGAACAAUGCUCCUCCCAAGCAAGACUUUAUCUACCCAACCGUGGCUCCAGGACAGGCCUACGAUGCAGAUGAGCAGUGCCGUUUCCAGUACGGAGUUAAAUCUCGCCAGUGUAAAUACGGGGAAGUCUGCAGUGAGUUAUGGUGUCUGAGUAAAAGCAACCGCUGCAUAACCAACAGCAUCCCUGCUGCUGAGGGGACCAUAUGCCAAACCAACACCAUUGAAAAGGGGUGGUGCUACAAGAGGGAGUGUGUGCCUUUUGGCACCCGACCGGAGGGGGUGGAUGGUGCCUGGGGAGCCUGGUCGUCCUGGGGAGAGUGCAGCAGGACGUGCGGCGGAGGCGUAUCGUCAUCCAUUCGCCAUUGUGACAGCCCGCGGCCCACAAUCGGAGGAAAGUACUGCCUGGGAGAGCGGAAACGGUACCGGUCCUGCAACACCGAUGACUGCCCGCCGGGCUCCCAGGACUUCCGAGAGCUGCAGUGUGCCGAAUUCGAUAACGUCCCCUUCCGAGGGAAGUACUACACCUGGAAGACAUACCGUGGAGGGGGUGUGAAAGCCUGUUCCCUCAACUGCCUGGCCGAGGGCUUCAACUUCUACACAGAACGAGCUGCAGCCGUGGUGGAUGGGACGCCGUGCCGGCAGGACUCCAACGAUAUCUGCGUCAACGGGGAGUGCAAGCAUGUGGGCUGUGACCGUGUCCUGGGCUCUGACUCAAAGGAGGACAAGUGUCGCGUGUGUGGGGGAGACGGCAGCUCCUGUGAGACCGUUGAGGGCGUCUUCAACCAGUCUCUGCCGGAGGGAGGUUACGAGAAGGUGAUCCAGAUUCCCAAGGGCUCCGUCCACAUCGACAUCCGGGAGCUGAACCUCUCCAUCAACUACCUAGCGCUGAGAGGGGAGAGCGGCGAGUAUUACAUCAAUGGGAAGCUCUCCAUCGACCCACCGCGGCGCUUUGACAUUGCAGGCACAACGUUCCACUACAGGAGAUCCCCAGAAGAGCCUGAGUCCCUGGAGGCCUUGGGACCCACCAACAUCACCCUCUUUGUCAUGGUCCUUGUGCGGACAGAGCUGCAGGGGAUCCGGUACAAGUUCAAUGCGCCCAUUGGCAGGGAUGCCUCGAACCAGUAUUCCUGGCACUACACCCCGUGGACCAAAUGCUCAGUGCUGUGUGCCGGGGGCAGCCAGAUCCAAUCUGUGGUAUGCAAGAAACUUUCCGAUGGCUCAACUGUCUUCAACCAUUUCUGUAGCCCUGAAACUAAAAUGCCAGAGCGGCAGAGGCCGUGCAAUACCGAACCGUGCCCCCCGGCCUGGGUGAUUGGGAACUGGUCUGAAUGCAGCCGAAGUUGCAAUGAAGGUGUCCGCACACGCAGUGUCUUCUGCAAGCGUAAGAUCUCUGCCACUGAAGAGAAGACCUUGGAUGAUGCUUCUUGCACCUAUCCACGGCCAAAGAUGCUUGAGCCUUGCAAUAACCAGACGUGUCCUCCAGAGUGGGUUGCUCUGGACUGGUCUGAGUGCACCCCAAGCUGUGGACCAGGUUUCCGCCACCGCAUCGUCCUCUGCAAGAGUGGUGACCACAGUGCAACUCUGCCCACCUCCCAGUGCUAUGAAGGCUCCAAGCCACCGACCAGCAUGAGGUGCAACCUGCGGCGCUGCCCACCGCCACGCUGGGUGACUGGCGAGUGGGGAGAGUGCUCUGCGCAGUGUGGCCUUGGCCAGCAAAGAAGAUCCGUCCAGUGCCUGGCUCACACCGGGCAGCCGUCCAGCGACUGUGUGGAGACCCUCCAGCCACCCGGCAUGCAGCAGUGCGAGACCAAGUGCGAAUCGGGACCUACGGACAACCCUGAAGAGUGCAAGGAUGUGAACAAGGUGGCCUACUGCCCUCUCGUCCUGAAGUUCAAGUUCUGCAGCCGGACCUACUUCCGACAGAUGUGCUGUAAAACAUGCCAGGGGCACUAG